CCAGAAUAUGGCACGAUGGAGCAAGGUGCAGAAGCACUGAGGAGUUCAUCUGAGUUUCUAGCAGAGGCUAUAACAUGCAGUUCAGAAAGGAGGGAGGAUGACCAGUUGCCUACUCUUCUUGCAAGUGGCACUUAUGCAGAUGUGCCAAUAUCUUGCAUUGAGGCAUCACUGCUACCAUCGAAAGAAGAAACUUUGCCACGUGCUGAUAGACAGACCGGGAUUAUGAAAAUUUCUCAAGAGCUAGAAGCUGCAAAAGUACAGAAGGGAGCAAAUGCUUCUCUUUGUUCAGAGCUGCAAAUGGAAAAAGAAAGGAAUAUUGGCAGCCAAGGCAUACAGGCAGCCAGAGAAUUGGUUCCAGCAGGCCAAGAAAAACCCUCAGACAAGCCUCUUCCAUCUGAAGUAAGAGCUGAGGAGAAAUUGUAUUUGAUCAUAGAAAAAGAUCUGGCUACAAUAGUAACUGGAGAAAUGCAGUUAGAGUCCUUGCAAGCCAUCAAUAAUAAAACUGAGGAGGUCCCCAAAGUGAAGGAGACAAGCUGUCACAGACCAUCUGUACCAGCCCUGGAGGCAGACAGCAAAGUUGGGGGCGUUAUCAGUAUUCUGGGGGAGGGAUGGUCAGAUUUUGAGAAGGAAUUUUCAGCGUACAAUCCAGGCGAGAUGCAAACGGGUCCUGGGAGGAGGAUAUCGAAAGAGGCAGCUGUGAGCAAACAUGUAGAAUUUCAAGGGGUGGAGAUUUUAUGGAUACAGAAAGCAGAGGAGCAGAAGGGAGUGAAGCAUUCAGCGCUAGAGGCCAAUGCACACUUACAAAGGGCCGUGUCUGUAGAAAAGAAGUUCUCCAAAGCAUCAAGCCACCCCAUUCCAGCCUCGGUCUCCUCAGAGUUAGUCACUUUGUCUGAGAGUGUUUGGAACGAAGCCCAGGCAGAUUUCAAACCAGGAGUUGGCUCAGAGUCCUUUUCUCUAGCUUUGCUAGCUGAAGGUGGGGAGGAUGAAGUCUUUGUGAAGGAUAAACUUGCAGAAGAAAAGAACCAUGUGCUAAACACAGACAGUGAAAGGAUCAUGGAGGAGGAAGAAGCAGCCACGGGAGGAUGUGAAGCUGUCCUUGGACAAAGGCAUGUAGAAGUCUCCAUUGAUGUGUAUAGCUCACAGUUUGAAAACAUUCUAGACAAUGCUUCUUUAUAUUAUAGUGCGGAAUCCCUGGAGACUUUAUACUCGGAACCCGAUAGCUACUUUAGUUUUGAAAUGCCACUCACUCCGAUGAUCCAGCAACGUAUCAAGGAAGGCAGUCAGUUCUUAGAAAGAACUUCUGCUUCAGGACAGCAAGAUGUCUGUAAUCUUCCCACAAAUGGUGAGAUCAAGAGUCAAUGCGGAGAGAUCUCCAGUGGACUAAGGGACGUAAGUGACACCCUCUUCAGAAGAGACGUCACAGAGGUUACUCAUUUGGACAGCAAUGCUGGACUGAAAAACUCGCUGUUCGACUCCACAGCUGCCAUGGGUAGCAAUCAGCUCCUGGAGAAAGAUGGCACUGAAAACCGUAGUAAAGAUCUCAGCAAUGGCACCGACAGCAAUUUGGAAGCCGCCAGGAGGCUGGCUAAGCGCCUCUACCAACUGGACCGAUUCAAGCGCUCUGAUGUGGCAAAGCACCUGGGUAAAAACAAUGAGUUCAGCAAACUUGUGGCUGAGGAAUACCUGAAGUUUUUUGAUUUCACGGGUAUGACGCUGGAUCACUCCCUCAGGAGUUUCUUUAAAGCCUUUUCACUUAUUGGAGAAACUCAGGAAAGAGAGAGAGUAUUAAUCCACUUCUCCAACAGAUACUAUCAGUGUAACCCGAACACUGUUUCUACUCAAGAUGGAGUCCAUUGUCUCACCUGUGCAGUGAUGCUGCUGAACACUGACCUACAUGGCCAUAACAUUGGGAAAAAGAUGACCUGCCAAGAAUUCAUUGCCAACCUUCAAGGGAUGAACGAAGGCAAAGAUUUCCCUAGGGGGCUGCUGAAGGCUCUCUACAAUUCAAUCAAGAAUGAGAAGCUUGACUGGGCAGUAGAUGAAGAGGAGAAAAAAAAAUCUCACUCUGAUGGUACUGAUGAGAAGGAUAAUGGACCCCAUUCAAAGACCGUUACUCGGAUCGGCCAUUCCAAUAACCCCUUCCUGGACAUUCCUCAUGACCCCAAUGCUGCUGUGUAUAAAACUGGAUUUCUGGCUCGGAAAAUCCAUGCAGAUAUGGAUGGAAAGAGGACUCCCAGAGGGAAGCGUGGCUGGAAAACCUUCUACGCUGUGCUGAAGGGAACAGUGCUUUACUUGCAAAAGGAUGAAUAUAAACCAGAAAAGGCUUUGUCUGAGGAGGAUCUGAAAAAUGCAGUUAGCGUGCACCAUGCAUUGGCAUCAAAGGCAACAGACUAUGAGAAGAGGCCCAACGUCCUAAAGCUCAAAACAGCUGACUGGAGGGUCCUGCUUUUCCAAGCCCAGAGCCCAGAAGAAAUGCAGGCAUGGAUCAACAAAAUCAAUUGUGUGGCAGCUGUAUUUUCUGCUCCACCGUUUCCAGCUGCUAUUGGCUCUCAGAAGAAGUUCAGUCGUCCGCUUCUGCCGGCCACCACAACAAAGUUAUCUCAGGAUGAACAGCUGAAGUCACAUGAAGCUAAGCUGAAGCAAAUCUCUACCGAGCUAGCCGAGCAUCGUUCCUACCCACCAGACAAGAAACUUAAAGGCAAAGAAGUAGAUGACUACAAACUGAAAGACCACUAUCUGGAGUUUGAGAAAAUCCGCUAUGAGAUUUAUGUUGCCCUACUGAAAGAAGGGGGGAAGGAGCUGCUGAGUAGUGGAGAAAAUGAUGGGCCAGGACUGAAGAAAUCCCAUUCGAGUCCCUCAUUAAAUCAGGAGUCUCCAGUUACUGUCAAGGUGAAGCGAAACAUCUCCGAGAGGAAGGACUACAGACCAGAAACACCCAGCAUCAAGCAGAAGGUCACUUAG